AUGCGUCCACGCCCCUCGGAUUGUGCCCGCUGCCUGUCUCGCAGUAGGUUAUUUUCAACAACAACAACUCAACAAAAUGCUCCCUUCCCGCCGGCAGCAGGGUACAGCCGACUCACAAACCGCGGCCUGAUAUGCAUAACCGGACUCGACAGCACAACCUUCCUCCAGGGUCUAAUGACCCAGAACAUGCUAGUCGCCAAUGACCCGAACCGUAGCAUCCGACGCACAGGCGCCUACACCGCAUUCCUCAACUCGCAAGGCCGAGUCCUAAACGACGCCUUCAUCUACCCACUACCCGGCGCAGAAGCCCAGGGCCCGGACUCAGGCUGGCUAGUCGAGGUAGAAAAGGACCAAGUGCCCGUCCUGUUCAAACACUUGAAGAAACACAAGCUGCGCGCGAAGCUCAAGCUCCGCGCCCUGGAAGAAGGCGAGCGCACGAUCUGGUCGACCUGGAAGAACCACGCCGAGCCUCAACGAUGGGCUGCCUACAGCCUCGAAUCGGACUCACCGUCGCCAUUCUCGCCCACUUCUGAAAUCGCCGGCUGCAUCGAUACCCGUGCCCCGGGCUUCGGGUCCCGCAUUGUCACACCGGGCUCCGACGGUCUGCGCACCCAUUUCCCAGAUGAAGAGCAGAUUCCUGGCUCCGAGGUCCAGCUGGACUCGUAUACUGUUCGUCGAAUUCUGCAUGGCGUUGCGGAGGGACAGAAGGAGGUUAUCAGUGGAGCGGCUUUGCCGUUGCAGUGCAAUAUGGAUAUGGCGCGCGGUAUUGAUUUCCGCAAGGGCUGUUAUGUUGGUCAGGAAUUGACGAUCCGUACGCAUCACCGUGGCGUUACGCGGAAGCGUCUUUUGCCUGUUCAGCUUUAUGAUUUGGGUCAGGAUGGGGCGAGUGCGCCGGAUACUUUGACGUACGAUCCUUCUGCUCAGUUUGCUUUGCCUGCUGGAGAGGCGGAUAUUGUUAAGGCUGGUGCUGCUACUCGCCGGAACCGCAGUGCAGGGACGUUUUUGAAUGGUAUUGGGAAUAUUGGGCUUGCGCUUUGUCGCCUUGAGGUUAUGACUGAUGUGGCGCUUAUGGGUGAAACUCCUGCUCGUCCUGAGGAACAUCAUUUCAAGCUAUCUUGGGCUCCUGAUGCCGAGCAACCGGGUCAGGAGGUCGGUGUGCGUGCUUUCGUUCCACCUUGGUUGAGGGAAUUCAUAUCCGGUGGCAAGGAGGCGAAACUUGCUCGCGGUCCUGAAGGAGAGGGUGAACGGGCACGGGAAUUCGUCGAGCAAUUGGGGGAAGAGGAAGCUGAAGCGCACCGACACUAA